AUGUAUCUACCGCGCCAACUAAUAUCCCAUCUCUACCUCCAGCUCCUCCGCUCACACCACCCUCUCUCCCCGCCGGUGUUGAUCCUCGCUGCCCUCGAACCAGACGCUCUCUGCGCGUGCCGCAUCCUAACCGCCCUUCUAAAACGCGACUACAUCCCGCAUAAGAUCCAUCCUGUUGCUGGGUAUGGCGAUCUCGCACGCGCCGGCGAGGAGCUUGUGCGGCCCAUGCAGACAAGCAACGGAGGUAGCGGAGGCGUGGUUGUUUGUCUGGGAGUCGGCGGACUCGUGGACCUCGCUGAGAUAUUAGGGCUUAGUGGGGAUGAUGAACAGGAAGGGACGGAUGAUAUGGGCGGCGUGGAGGUCUGGGUGUUUGACGCAAGGCGGCCGUGGAACUUGGCAAACGUCUUUGGCGGCGGGGAGGGGGCACAGCAGGACGGGGGUGCGGCGCGAAGGAACACUCGCGGCGUGGAUAAAGGGUGCAUUACGGUAUCGUAUAAGUUUGGGAGUGGAAAUGGGGGCGUGGUUGUUUAUGAUGAUGGGGAUAUUGAGGAGGAGUUGGGGAAGGAGAGGGAGGCUUACUGUGCGUUAUUGGAUAUGCCCGAGGUAGAUGAGGAAGCGGACGAUGAUGAUGACGAGGAUGAUGAGCCACCAUCAAGUACGGACUCGAAGAAGCGCAAGUCAUGGUCCCGGGAAGAUGAUGAGGACGAGGAGUUCGACGAUGAUGAUGGGCCGCCUCGGCAGCGACGGCGGAGUAACUCUGGUUCCUCUAUAGCUUCGUCACCGACCCGAACACGAACGCGCACUGGACACGAUUCCUCAAACUCGUCGCGCUCUGUUACCCCCGUAUCAGACUCGCCCUCGCCCGUGCAGCCAAAACAGCCAUCCGCACGGUCAUUGAGACGACGGCUACUUCGAUUAAAGCGCAAGCACGAGAGUAUAUUGCAACAGUACUACUCUUCCGGUACUUCCUACUCCGAGCCUAUAUCCUCGAUCAUGUACUCCCUUGCGUCGGAACUGGGCCGUGAAGACAACGACCUCCUUUGGCUGGCCAUUGUCGGGGUAUGUAGCUUGGAACUUAGCGGCCGUACUAUGUCCGGCGUGGGUGUCUCGAGUUCAUCGGAGUCUGGAGGCCUAGCGGGAUGGGGUGGAGAGCGAGGAGAGCGAAUACGGCAAAUAUUACGCGACGAAGUCCAUCGAUUAAACCCGCCAGACCCUAACGAGCAAUACCGCGACAUUCGCGGGGAAAUCUCCGGCGUCAUUCCUACUACUGCCCGAUCACCCACCGAUAAGUCUAUCAGAUUGUCUCCUGAGCCUCGGUUCAUCCUCGUUCGACACUGGUCCUUAUAUGAGAGCAUGCUGCACAGUCCAUACCUGGCGUCUAGACUACAUGUAUGGACGGAGAACGGACGUAAACGGUUGCAUAAGCUGUUGGCAAAGAUGGGAAUCAGCCUGACACAAUGUCACCAAAAUUACACGCAUAUGGACAUGGAGCUAAAGCGCGUUCUACGGCAACGAUUGCUCAAGUAUGCACCAAUGUACGGGUUAGAUGGACUGGUACCUCAAGAAGCUCCUGGUCAUGCUGUAUCACGGGAAGGUUGGGGUUUUGUACGGUGUUGGGGCUGGAAGGCUUGUCUCUCGGCGACGGAUGUAGGCGUCAUGGUGGGCGCAAUCCUGGAGGUUGGAUCCGAAGAGGUCCCAGGCGCAUGGGAUACGAAGCGUCUACCCCGGAUAAGGAGGAUAGAGGGCAGUUCUGGCCCCGAGGAAGCUGAUUCGGAUCCAUCGAAUCUUCUUCCACGAUUCUGGACGGCGUAUGAUGCGCUGUCUCUAACGUCAGAAUCGCCUACGCUUCUCAUGGAAGCGUUGCCUCUUGCCCAGCAUCUACACCGAGCUAUCCUUCGAACGGGCACAUCACUACUCUCGAAACAUCAAAUCAGACACUUACGGGCCUUCCGCAUUGCGGUUGUCAAAGACGGCCCUGACGUAAAGCUUUUUACGAACCCGGGAGCAUUGACCAAGCUGGCAUUGUGGGUCGCAGAAGCCAUCCGCGUACAAGAACGAGACCGAGGCGAUGCUAUCAAAAUCGGAAAAAGGCGAGCGGCGGGCACUCCGCUCGUGCUUGCUGGACUUGACGAGGACCGGGGUCUCUACGUUGUGGUCGGUACCGGUGGCGGGGGCGGUGUCAUUGAUUUCGCUGCCAUGCAUAAGCGUCGUGAAGAACGGCGGCUAAAAAGGGAAGGCAAGGAGAAGAAGCGGAAGGAGAAGGAAGAAGCCCGAGCGAAGCGUGCCGCCGAGCGAGCUGCAAGGGCGGAAGAUGGCGAGGAAGAUGAAGAGGAGGAAUCCGAAGAGGAAGAGUCGUCAUCGGAGUCCGAAUCCGAGUCUGAAGAUGAGCAAGACAUGCGCGGCAACAAGCACCUCUUGCGCAACCGAUUCGGCAUCGCCUUCCAGGAAGUCGUACAAGAGACCAACACUCGGGUUCGCAUUGAUAGCUUCGAGCACUGCGUGGUCGAAGUGCAGAAGGAUGACCUGGGUGGGUUUCUCGAAGCCCUUAGUUUCCGCAGUGUGGUUGGUUGA